GCGGCGACAUCCGGGUCCUCGGGGAAAGGCGCAGGGAGCGGCGGACCCGAGAGGGAACCAGCCCGGGGCUGGGAGGGUCCCGGGCGCGAGCCGGAGACGGGCGCCAUGGCGGAGCCGCGGAAGGAGGAAGAGGAGGAGGCCGAGGAGCGGGGCAAGCGGGAGCCGGGCCACCGGGCCACCGUCGCGGCCAAGAACCUGGCCAUCCUCAAGGCCCGCUCCCUGGACGUCACUUUCGAGGUGGGGGAUGAGUACGAGGUCAUCGAGACCAUCGGCACCGGGGCCUACGGCGUGGUCAGCUCCGCCCGCCGCAGAUCCACAGGCCAGCAGGUGGCGAUCAAGAAGAUCCCCAAUGCCUUCGAUGUGGUGAUGAACGCCAAGCGCACCCUCCGUGAGCUCAAGAUCCUCAAACACUUCAAGCACGACAACAUCAUCGCCAUCAAAGACAUCCUGAAACCCGCCGUGCCCUAUGACGACUUCAAAUCCGUAUACGUGGUGCUAGACCUGAUGGAGAGCGACCUUCACCAGAUCAUCCACUCCUCCCAGCCCCUCACACUGGAACACGUCCGAUACUUCCUCUACCAGCUGCUCCGGGGCCUCAAAUACAUCCACUCGGCCAACGUCAUCCACCGGGACCUGAAGCCCAGCAACCUGCUCAUCAACGAGAACUGCGAGCUGAAGAUCGGCGACUUCGGCAUGGCCCGGGGGCUGUGCACCAAGCCGGACGAGUACAAGUACUUCAUGACGGAAUACGUGGCCACGCGGUGGUACCGGGCCCCGGAACUGAUGCUGUCCCUCCACGAAUACACGCAGGCUAUCGACAUGUGGUCCGUCGGCUGCAUCUUCGCCGAGAUGCUGGGCCGCAAGCAGCUCUUCCCCGGGAAGAAUUACAUCCACCAGCUGCAGCUGAUCAUGACGGUGCUGGGCACCCCGUCCGCCAAGGUGAUCCACGCCAUCGGGGCCGACCGGGUGCGCGCCUACAUCCAGAGCCUGCCCUCCCGCCAGCCGGUGCCCUGGGAGAGCCUCUACCAGCAGGCCGACCGCUCGGCCUUGGCGUUGCUGGCCAAGAUGCUGCGCUUCGACCCCCGGGAGCGGAUCGCCGUGGCCGAGGCCCUCAAGCACCCCUUCGUGGCCAAGUACCACGACCCGGACGACGAGCCCGACUGCGUGCCCGCCUUCGAUUUCGACUUCGACAAGCAGGUCCUCACCAAGGAGCGCAUCAAGGAGGCCAUCGUGGCCGAGAUCUGCGACUUCCACGCCCGCCGCGAAGGGAUCCGCCGGCAGAUCAGUUUCAAGCCCGCCCUCCGUCCGGCCGCCGCCGCUGCCCCACCCGCCGCCGCCACCCCCUUGCGCUGCCAGGACGUGGACAUGCCCAGUGCGGGCUCCACCGGGGGAGACUACGCCAUGGAGUCGCCAGCCCCCGGGGAAGUCCCGUACCCUCCGGAGACCAUUGACCUGACCUCGCCCGGGGCUCCCCCCCACCCCGAGGGGCCGGCUGAGGUGAAGGCGGAGCCGGAGGCCACGCCGCCCAAGAGGGAGGGGGCCAUCUCGGACGACACCAAGGCGGCGCUCAAGGCCGCGCUGCUGAAGUCGGCUCUGCGCAAUAAGAACAAAGACACCCAGUGCUCCGUGCCGGAGCCCCCGGACGUGCGGAAGCCGGUGACGGCCCAGGAGCGCCAGCGGGAGCGGGAGGAGAAGCGGAAGCGGCGCCAGGAGCGGGCCAAGGAGCGGGAGAAGAAGCAGAAGGAGAAGGAGCGGAAGGAGCUGCGGCGCGGGGACGUGCUGGGCGGGCUAGUGCUGAGCGAAAACGACCGCAGCCUCCUGGAGCGAUGGACCAAGAUGAUUGACCGGAACCACCAGAAACCGGCUCACAACGGGCCCACGGACCACGUUCUGGCUGCGCCUGCUGGCCACGUCCCAGCCACGCCUGCCGGCCACGUUCCACCGGGAGCCACCGGCCACCUCCCAGCUGCACCUGCCGGCCACCUUCCAACCACGCCUGCUGGCCAUCUGCCUCCUGUUCGCUGCAGCGGGCUCCACCCCAGAGGCGGCUGCAUCUCAGCGCCGGGCGAGCUGUUCCCGGGCACCGUUCUAUGCAGCUGUUCCCAAGGGGCCCCACCCCAGAGCUUGCUGCAUUUCAGCCUCUUUGGUAAGCUCCGCAAUCCACCUACGACAGCGCCUGAAAGCCCCAGUGUGAGACUGUGA